AUGAGUGUUAGUCUGAGUGAUGCUUUGGAGGAUAAACUGGAUACCAAACAUUACCCGUACAUCUCCACUCGCUCAGCUGCUUCCUUCAGCAGUACAGGUGCUGUCAGUGCCCGCUAUGGACACUGGCACAAGAACAAGGCUCCUGGGGAAUACCGAAGUGGUCCUCGCCUCAUUGUUUUCAUCCUGGGUGGGGUCGCUCUGAGCGAGAUGCGCUGCGCCUACGAGGUGACGCAAGCCAGUGGAAAGUGGGAGGUGUUGAUAGGUUCCACACAUGUCCUCACCCCACAGAAAUUGCUGGAUACGCUGAAGAAACUGACCAAAACGGACGAAGAAAGCAGUAGUUAAACUCUUAGCGUCUUCAUUCUUUCCCUCUCUCCCUCCCUCUCUCCCUCCUUCUUUCUCCCCCCCCCCUCGUUGACCUGCUCCCCGAACAUCAACCAAAUCGUUGAAAAUCUGGCAUUGCGGUUGACUUCUGGGCCUCCUUUCCACUCUGCCUCUUCCUGUGUUUUAAUGCAAAACCUUGAAGUUUCUCAUGAUACCCUGCUCGUAUGAAGUCAAGCUAAAUAGGAAACAAUAAUAAUAACAUAUGCAUUGUGUCUAAAGGAUGAGUGGAGGAAGAUAAAGAAUAAUAUAUUCUAUACUAUAGAUAUUAUCUCUGUAUGUACCCAAGAAAAUAAAAUAGUCAGAUUCAACUGCCCAUAUUGGAAGGUCCCAUUGCUUCAUCAUUGGAGAUAAGACAAUGGUGAUUAUGUUUUCAAUACUGUCUUUUGGUCCCCACCCCCUUUUUUUCUGUUUCCCCCCUGCUUGGAUGGAUGAAUGCUUGUGAUUUAUUUAUGGCUCUGUGAUCCUGUACUAAACCCCCGGAUGCAAACUGUGAAUAUUGUCUCCUAGGCGUUGCAAUUUGCUUGCAUUUUUGAAAAUAACUGUUAUAACUUCCCUCCUUUUCCCUUCUCACAUUGCUGUCGUUGGGGUUGUCAUCUUGAUUAUGUAUUUCUUCUACUUGGUUUUGUUCUGGUUAUUUAUUUAUUUUUUAGUUCCUUGAUAUGCAGCCAGGCUGGCUUUUGAGAAAUAAAUGAUAUAUCUAUAUCUAUAUAUGCAUAUAUUUUCUGGAUGUUACUUGGUUGUUCUCCUUCCUCCUCUUCUCUUUUGGGAUUAUGUCAUAUGUGAGUCAUGUUUUUCCACCAAAGUAUGGCAUAACUUUCUUUCUCAAAGCCUGAUCAACAAA